AAGGAGGAAUGGGCAGUGGCUGUUCACAGUCCGCACACCUUUUCCAUUUGCUAAUCAGGCCCUGCCAGGCUGGGAGGGAGUUGUCCCUGGCUGACACUGGAGCGAGGAGCCACGGCGACAAUCCACAGGCACCAUGAAACUGCUUCAAGUCACCGUCCUUUGUCUUCUGUCCAGCGUUGGUAGCAGUGAAGACAACAUAGAUGCAACCACUCCUCCAUUAAAAUCAUCAACAAUUUCUGCAGCAAAAACAUCUGAACCAACACCAGUCACAACGACAUCACUAAAUCUUGUUACACAAUCAACAGUUGGAACAUCUCCCAAAGGAACAACCAACAAGGAAUCCUUACAAACAUCUCUGCUGUCAACACUUCCUUCAUUAAUCAUGACAGUUAAAGGUGAAGAAGCCACAACCAACAGUGUGACAAAGAAAGAGUUGACCACCAAAAGUGCAACAGUGACAGAUCUUCCACUUCCAAAUGAUGUUUCAACAUUACAAAGUUCCCAAAACAAGACUGAAAAUCAGAGUUCAGUCAAUACAACAGAAAGGCCAGUUAGCACUUCACAACCAGAUGCCUCACCUUCUCAAACCAGUAUAUUACCCCCAAUGUCAACAGCAAUUGCAGAAAACAUCUCACAAUCUCAAGGCACUGAGAAUGAAAAAAAUGCAAGCCCUUCUUCAACCAGCUCCUCUCAUUCCAGUAUUAUUCUGCCGGUGGUUAUUGCUCUAAUUGUAAUAACACUUUCAGUGUUUGCUCUGGUGGGUUUGUAUCGACUGUGCAGGAAGACAGACCCAGGCACAGCAGAAAAUGGGAAUGACCAACCUCAGUCCGAUAAAGAGAGUGUGAAGCUCCUCACCGUGAAGACGAUCUCCCAUGAGGCGGGUGAGCGCUCUGCACAAGGAAAAACCAAAAACUGACAACUUGAUGAAUCCUCCCCACACCUGGGCAGUAAAUAUGCUUAAUCUUCAGCUUCUAUGCUCCAGGAUUAGAAAGAGAGAAAGACCUGUGGAAUUGAUCCUGACUUCCAGUCCUGCUCGCCAGUCUACACCAGUCACCUGUCCCAACAAAAUGAUGUCCAGAUGACAUGCAAUAAUCUGAUAGAAUAAAAAGUCCUGGGUCUUUCCUGUCCAUUGAGACAGGAGAAAGCACAUUUGUACAUUGUCUGGGAACAUUCUCAGGAGAACCGAUUUUAGGAAAGGCAUUUGUGAGCAGUUAACCAGGCAGCCCAGGCAUUUGGGUUCCCUGACGACGUGACCUUCCUUCAAGUUUAAAGUUUCCGGAACUGGCAGUUUUACCCAUGGUGCCUUUCCUACUUUCCUGGUGUUCUUCUAUUACCUAAUGUCUGUAUUUAUUGUUUUCUACUAUGACUAUGUUAAUGCAGGGAAAAUUUGCAAGUGUAUUAUUAAAUAUUAGGUAGAAAUCAUGACGUGCCACUUUGUACAUAAAGAUAUUUUAUUCAUAUGUUCAUAUGUUAGUUUUAAUAAAUAUUGACUGUAUUCAACACACUAAAAUAUCAGAAUGUGACCGUGAAGAUGGCGAAGGUAUUGUCUUCCCAUAAUUAUGAAAAAUUUUGGAUUGACUAUUAGAUUAUGGGAACUCUAUAAUGAAAGGCAUCUGUAAUAAGUGAGAAAGGGACAGAGGAUUCAUGUUUUAGACCCUGUUAGGGGUAAGUCAUACCAUUUCUUUGGUCUUUCUAUUUGUAAUUCACACUAUGUAACAAGGAUGUAAGGGCAUUUAUGACACUGUACUGCAUUCGUUAAGAACAUAAGCAGGAUUGAGGGUAAUCCUUUCAGUUAAGACUAUCUACAUGCAUUUUUUUAUUUCUUUUAGAAAUGUAAUGAUUUGUCCUAGCAGUGAUUGUUAAUAGAAAUGAACAUUUCAUAAAUACAUGAUUGUGAUAUUAUUUUUCACUGUAUCCCUUUCCUUAAAAAACAUAUGAUUGUAACUGCCGCUCCAUCAGGAGCAGAUUAUUCAGUUGAAAGCUGACUGAUCAACCUUGACCACUUCUUGGAUGCGCGCAAUCAAAAUGUCAUGUUGGGUGAAGUUCUGUGGAAAGUUCGGAAACUAACAAGCUGCCAGUGGCAGCUCUUUCACUUGUAUGAUUACCUUCUCCGAGUCAAUGCUAAAUCAUCCUAGUGAUGUGAGGACAGUGCAGUAGAAUCUGAAUGGUGUAUAUAAAACUACCCUUUAAAUUUCUUUUGUUGCAAUGUAUUUGAAAACUUCCAGCUUUAAAGAUUAUAUAAAUAAUCAUCUUGGUUUUAGCUUUCCGAUGUCUGCACACUAAGACACCAACAAGCAUAUCUAUAUUUCUAAGUGGUAUCUCCUCGUGUUUCUUUGAGAAGGAAGAUAGGAAAUUGAAGGGGAGAAGGAAAGUAAGAGGGUAGAGAAAAGGGCAAGGAUCCCCAAUACAUACACUUUCCCAUGAGAGAUGGUCUAUCCGUGCUUAACUCCAACCUAAAAGUCUUCUAUACUGGUGCAACAGGGGCGGAGGAUACCAAACAUGGGGCAUUUGUCUUCAGAGGGAAAAUAUGCCAACACCCCUAGAAUGCUUUACUGAGCUCCUCGGCAGAAGCCUUGUUACACAGAAUGUGCUGAGAGAAACAAACUCUUCUGCAACUUAAAUUACUGCAGUGAUGUGUUAUUCCGGUGUCUAGAAAAACCAUUUUCUUGACUUUGCAUAAAAAUUGUUGGAAGAAUUUACAACGAUUGGGAAAAGGGAAAGCUUCUUAAUGGUCAUGAAAGAAUAAAAUUCAUUCUAGUUCAAGAAUUGUGCAUAAAGAAUAUGCUUUAUACUAACAACUAUUGCAUUAAAUCUUCAGAGUCAGAGUGGUAAGAAAAUUCAGGAAUUUGCAGAUAUUCAUGGCAUUUUGGAGCAUCAAUCUCAGAUGUCUGCAUUUUCAUAAAUCAACUUAACCUUCUAUUGAAAUAAAUUUCAAGGCAACAUUAUAAUUAAUUAGAUUUUUAAUUAUCUUAUUUAAAUUGUCUACUUUCUAUGCCUCACUUGUUACAUGCUCUUUAUUCUAAUAUACAGUUCAAAUGUCACUGCAGAGAGGGAAUAGCUGUAUUUAGAUCAAAGGCAAACUUUUCUAUGUGUUUGCUCUGCAUGACAAUAUGAAUAUAAUUUAAGUCUAUCAAUAGUAAAACAUAAACAAGAGCUAACUAACUGGCACGUUUGUUAUCUAAGAGUAAGGGAAUGUUGUUGGCUGACACACCGGCUAUAAUCAGCCCAUAGAGAGACUUCAAAAUUCUCCUUUCUGGGCUGAAAUAUUUCAUUACAUUUCUGAAAAAUCUGCGUGUCUUAUUUCUUGUCUACCUGAUAUACAACUCAGGACAUCAGAGAACCUUCAGCAGUGAACCUGCUAGCUUUCCCUGAUUUUUCUCUGUUGAGCUCUGUUUAUGAUCAUUCAAG